AUGCUGGAGGACGCAACUAUUUGCACUGCGAUGUGUACACUUGUUGCGCGCUUUGGACGCAGAGAAUACAUCGACAUACCUUUCGCUCGUAACCAGGGCAUUCCAGUGAACGGCCUCCUUGUGUCUCAAGGAUUGGUCGUAUUACGCGAUGUCAUUCAGGUGUUUUGCCAGGCCCCAGACCCUGACUAUCCAGACGCUCUCCUACUUGAGCAACAUCAAGCACCUAUCACAGCUGCACUAACUCCUGCCUUCUCUCCAGAUUCCACUCCUGAAAUUUUGUCUUCUGCCAUCGAGCCUGUGCAGUAUUCGUUGGCUGUGGCAUUGUCAAAGAUAGAGGUUGACGAAUCUGGCAACUUAACUAUGGGCAAUUUUGUGGACUUGAGCCCCGAAUCCAUCAGGCAUGUUGAGGGUUUCUAUCCUCUCUGUGUCGAUCUUGGCACCGCAAUGGUUUGCGAGCCUUCCAGUGGCUUUAGACCCGUCAUAUGCAAGCCUUGGUUAAGUAGUUCUGCUCCCAUAUCAUGCUUCGUCCUGGGCAACAAGAUCCUACAAGCUGUCGCGAACACUGUGAACCGCUCCGAUCAAAACAUUUCAGCUGCUAUCCUUGGGAAGGAGGGGACAUUUGUCAAUGGUAUCGACUCCGCAACAUAAGGGUCAGCACCCCUUUUCUUCCCCCUCUUUGGCCUUAUAUAUGAAGCACUCGCGACGUCCUCGCCAGACACCAGCUCACGAGUUAACACAGUGAUCGCCUGCCUAGGAGCACUUGAAACGCCUUCUCGACCCUCGCUACUCAGGGAAAGCCCUUUCAGAUCCUACUAUCUUUCAAGAAUUCAUGAGUCUCAAUCAUCGAAUAGCUAUGACAGAAUCUGCAGAGGUGCUCAUUCACUUGAUCACUGUCCUAACCACUUUUGCCAAACAUUUCGGCCAAUAUGU